AUGGAUCAAGGAUCAGUAUUUACCGGUCGAAAAAUGCACGAAUUUGCCAAAGAAAUAGGCUUCAAAUUAUUAACAUCAACACCCUAUUAUGCUCAAGCCGAUGGACAAAUUGAGGUUUCUAAUAAGGUGAUCAUUGGUUUGAUUAAAAAGCAUGUAGGGAAGAAGCCUAGGAAUCGGCACAAAACUCUGGACCAAAUUUUGUGGGCAUGUCAUAAGUCCCCUAAAGAGGCUACUAAGUCAACCCCCUUUCGCCUAACUUUUUGCCUUGAUGUUGUUUUACCAGUAGAAAUUCACCUACAGUCCCUAAGGAUUCAAAGGCAACAUGAACUCCCAACAGAAUCAUAUUGGAGCAUGAUGUUGGAUGAAUUGGUUGAUUUGGAUGAGGAAAAGUUAAAUGCCUUAGAAUUGCUAAGGCGACAAAAGAAGAGGAUAGAAGUCUCUUAUAAUAAGAAAGUGAAAGUUAAAAGUUUUGCACCCGAAGACUUGGUCUGGAAAGUGAUCCUUCCAAUGGAUCGAAAAGAUAUAGCCUUGGGGAAAUGGUCCCCAAAAUGGGAAGGCCCUUUCCAAAUUUUACAGAUAUUCUCUAAUGGUGCCUAUGAUAUUGAAGAGCUUAGUGAAGAUAAAAGGAUUCUAAGAGUAAACGGGAAAUAUUUGAAAAAAUAUAAACCGACAAUCCAAGAAGUAAAAAUAAGAGACGAAUGA